ACGCUUCUCUGUCUGGUUGUGUUCGCACAACCACACGAACAACUUCAAUAAACUUCACAGUAGUUAAUAAUAGUUAACUACUCCGACUGUUUCCAUAGUAACGCUGUCAGCGUCGGGUAUGUUCGCAGGACCGAUGGACUUUUGUGUAACUGAGUGGGUGAACUUGGGCUCCAACAUGAUGGUGUGUGUCGCUGCUUUCUCCUCCUCCUGUCAGCUCUUCAAGAACCACAGGGCUUCAUCAGUCGGAUUCUUCCUGCUCGGGCUCUCAGCGGCACUUUUCCUCUUUCGUCCCUUCAGCUCACAACUGGCCUCCAUCCAGAACAAAGCCGAAUGGUCCAGUGAGAUUCUGGCUCCAGCGCUGGUCUCCUUUGAGUUCUUGUGGCUGAGUGAAGACCGCAACACGGCUCACGUCCUUCUGUGCGGCUCCUGCAUGCUCCUGGGCCUCUCAGACUGGCUGUCGGCAGACGCGCUCAUGAUGAUGGUGCACUGUCUAGGCCUGUCGUCUCUGUCCUGCUGCAUGAUGGUGUGCAUGUUUGCCGGGAGUGCAUUAGGGGCUGUGGGCGGUGUGGCCCUCAGCCUUCCACUGCUUGUGGCUUCUAGAGAUGGAAUGAUGUCUGUUAGUCCGCUGAUGUCUCAGGCUGCAUCUGAGGGACUGAUGAAGUGUUUUUUGAAAGUGUCUGUAUCUGUAGGCUGCUGGGUGUCCACACAGGCCCUUAAAAACUUUCUGGUGGACAUUAAUGAUAGAUACAACAUGCCGCUCAAUUAAAACACUGGAUCUGUUUAUUCUGUGUCAAAUCAUCAUAACUGACAACUUGGACAAAUUGCACAACCAGGUUCAGAGCACAACUAAUUCAUGACCUGAUUAAUUAAAAAGUGAAGCACUGUGCAUACUUUUCAUUUGCACUGUACAUGUUUUUUUAAUGAACAACAUGUUAAUUAUGGUGUUAUUAUGUAUGAAUGUGUUGGAUUUAAUGCGGGUUGUGAUUAAAAUUUAAGACGCAGGAAAUUGAGGCCCUCUGUAGGUCACACUGGAAUUACACUUUUUUGUUGUAUGUUUUUUUAAUGGACAUUGCACACAGUUUGGACACUGGAUUCCUUUGAGUUUUUGUGCUGCAGUUUAUUGUACCUGCAGUGAACAGUCCAACCUCACUGUGCCUGUUUGAUACAUAUCAGUGCACAUUUUAUCAUUACUUCUCAGGUGAUGUGGUCUUUGCACUUCACUAUCGCUGAAAUAUUCCAGAAUUAUUUGUUGCCCAAUUUUCUAAAAAAAAAAAAAAGAAGAAGAAGAAACAUUAUGGGUUGUCACUCAGGAUUCUUCAUUUGUGAGCAGCUGUUUCAUCAUUUCUUCUGCAGCUUUUGAAUAAAUAUCUUCAGGUUUGCAUCAGGAAAAACGUCUUCAUUCCUCUUCAUUGGGUUUGUUAACACGGAGUAACGGGUUUAUGCAAGACUGAUUUAGUUCUUAAUGUUGCUGUGUUUGGAAAAAAAUGCCACGUUUUUGGUCUUGUUUGUUUUUCAUCACAGAAAACAAAAGUGAUCAUAUUCACUAAUGUUCAGCUGUUGUAUUUCAAAGACCUUCCGUCUUGUCAUUAUAAUUACAUGUUGUAUGGUGGCCUAUAGGGGCCACAAAACUUUCAAAAUAAGACAAUGUAGCAAAUG